AUGACAAGCAAAAGGAAGCUGAUCGGGCGCCUGGUGCCGUGCCGCUGCUUCCGCGGCGAGGAGGAGAUCGUGUCCGUGCUGGACUAUUCCCACUGCGGCCUGCAGCAGGUGCCAAAGGAGGUCUUCAACUUCGAGCGGACCCUGGAGGAGCUUUACCUCGACGCCAACCAGAUUGAGGAGCUGCCCAAGCAACUGUUCAACUGCCAGGCGCUGCGGAAGCUGAGCAUCCCCGACAACGACCUGUCCAGCCUGCCCACCUCCAUCGCCAGCCUGGUCAACCUCCGCGAGCUCGACAUCAGCAAGAACGGAAUCCAAGAUUUCCCAGAAAACAUCAAGUGUUGUAAGUGUUUAACGAUAAUCGAAGCCAGCGUCAAUCCCGUGUCCAAGCUGCCAGAUGGCUUCACACAACUUCUAAAUUUGACCCAGCUCUAUCUAAAUGAUGCCUUUUUGGAGUUUCUUCCAGCUAACUUUGGAAGACUUGUCAAAUUGCGGAUUUUGGAGUUAAGAGAAAACCACUUGAAAACUCUACCAAAGUCAAUGCACAAACUGACCCAGCUGGAGAGGCUCGACCUGGGCAAUAAUGAGUUCUCGGAGCUGCCUGAGGUUCUUGAACAAAUCCAGAAUCUGAGGGAGCUGUGGAUGGACAAUAAUUCCUUGCAAGUGCUACCUGGGUCUAUAGGGAAGUUAAAACAGCUCGUGUACCUGGAUGUGUCCAAAAACAGGAUCGAGACGGUCGACCUGGACAUCUCGGGCUGCGAGGGGCUGGAGGAUCUGCUCCUCUCAUCCAACAUGCUGCAGCAGCUGCCAGAUUCCAUAGGAUUGUUGAAGAGACUGACAACUCUGAAAGUGGAUGACAAUCAGCUCACAAUCCUGCCCAACGCCAUCGGAAACCUGUCCCUGCUGGAGGAGUUCGACUGCAGCUGUAACGAGCUGGAGGCGCUGCCCUCCACCAUCGGGUACCUGCACAACCUGCGCACCCUGGCCGUGGACGAGAACUUCCUCCCGGAGCUGCCCCGGGAGAUCGGGAGCUGUAAGAACGUGACUGUGAUGUCCCUGCGCUCCAACAAGCUGGAAUUUCUUCCUGAUGAGAUUGGCCAGAUGCAGAAGCUGAGGGUGUUAAAUCUGAGUGAUAACAGGCUGAAGAAUUUGCCCUUCACUUUCACCAAGCUCAAAGAACUGGCAGCCCUGUGGCUUUCUGACAACCAGUCCAAGGCCCUGAUCCCGCUGCAGACCGAGGCGCACCCCGAGACCAAGCAGCGCGUGCUCACCAACUACAUGUUCCCCCAGCAGCCCCGCAGCGACGAGGUCUAUUUCCAGUCAGACAGCGACAGCUUUAACCCCACUCUGUGGGAGGAGCAGAGGCAGCAGAGAAUGACUGUGGCCUUUGAGUUCGAGGACAAGAAGGAAGAGGAGGAAAAUCCAGGGAAAGUGGAGAUCAACCUGAAGCGCUACCCCACGCCCUACCCCGAGGACCUGAAGAACAUGGUGAAAUCCGUGCAGAACCUGGUGAGCAAACCCAGCCUGGGCGUGCGCCCCGAGAACGCCGCCCCGGCCGCCGGCAGCGACCCCGCGGCCAAGGACACCUACGAGCACAAGUGGCCCCUGACCCCCAAGGAGAUCUCCGUGGAGGAUGCCUUUGGACAUCCUGGCUCUGAGAUGAGGAUAGGGGAGCUCCGUCCCUCCAUGCCCGAGACGCCGCUCUACCCCCCCAAACUCAUCCUGCUGGGUAAAGACAAGAAAGAGUCGACAGAUGAGUCUGAAGCAGAUAAGAUCCAUUGUCUGAAUAACAGCGUUUCCUCAGGCACUUACUCAGACUAUUCCCCUUCCCAGGCUUCCUCAGGGUCCUCCAACGCGCACGUAAAAAUGGGCUCCCUGCAGACCACGGCUAAAGAAGCAGUGAAUAACUCUUUGUGGGGGAACAGGCUGGCGCAGUCGUUCCCACAGCCCCUGGAGACCAAGCCAUUGCUGAGCCAGCGGGAAGCGGCUCCGGCCGGGAACGUCCCGGCGCGCCCGGAGCGGCGCCCGCUGAGCGACGCCUUCGCCGACAGCUGGAACGACGGCUCCCACUACGACAACACGGGGUUCGUGGCCGAGGAGAGCGCGGCGGAGAGCGCCGGCACCAACCCCCUGCUGAGCACCAAAUCCAGGAGCUCCUCGGCGCACGGGCGCCGGCCGCUGAUCCGGCAGGACAGGAUCGUGGGGAUCCCCCUGGAGCUGGAGCAGCCCGCGCUCAGAAACGCACACGACUCCGAAGUGCCUCCUCCCAACCCUUGGCAAAAUUGGACCAGAACCCCCAGUCCUUUUGAAGACAGGACAGCUUUUCCCUCCAAACUGGAAAGCACCCCCAACACCAGCCCUUUGCCCGAGCGGAAAGAUCACGUCAAGGAGUCUCCCGAGAUGACGAGCACUUUCACUCCAGGAAUUCCGUGGGAAUACCAUGACUCCAAUGCCAACAGGAGCCUCACAAACGUCUUUUCCCAUAUGCACUGUCGCCCGGACCCUCCCAAAAACGUCAUCUCCAUCAGCAAGAGCACGGAGCGGCUCUCCCCCAUGAUGAGGGAUUUAAAAACGAACAAGUUUAAGAAGUCUCAGAGCAUCGACGAGAUCGACAUCGGUGCGUACAAGGUGUACAACAUCCCCCUGGAAAACUAUGCAUCCGGGAACGACACCGUGGGCCCCCACGAGAGGGUGGACAAGCUGCUGGGCCCCGAGCACGGCGUGCUGAGCAUGUCCCGCAGCCAGUCCGUGCCCAUGCUGGACGACGAGCUGCUCACCUACGGCAGCGUCAAGGUGCAGCCGCAGCACAAGGCGUCGGUCACCAAGAAGGUUUAUCAGUUCGACCAAAGCUUCAACCCCCAGGGCGCCGUGGAGCUGCCGGCCGACAAGCGGCUCCUGCCGCCCUUCCAGCUCAACGCCGAGUACCUGCCCCAGCCGGCCAAGAGCCUGCCGCAGGAGCUGGUGAGCCCGCGGGGCUACCGCGGCUACGCGCCCGUGGAGCCCAUGUUCUCCUUCUCGCAGCCCUCGGUGGGCGAGGAGCCGGCGGCCGCCCCGUUCCCCGGCCCGGCCGCGCGGCCCGGCUUCCUGCGCCGGGCGGAUUCGCUGGUCAGCUCGGCGGAGAUGUCCGUGUUCCGCAGGGUGGGCGAGCCCCAGGAGCUGCCCCCGGCGGACAGGUACGGCCGGGCCCCGUUCCGCGGCGCCCCGGAGCGCCAGGGCAGCAUGGCCGUGCCCGAGGCCCAGUUCCUCAAGCGCAACGGGCGCUACGAAGACGAGCACCCUUCCUACCAGGAAGUGAAAGCCCAGACUGGGAGCUUCCCAGUUAAAAACCUCACGCAAAGGAGGCCCCUGUCGGCACGAAGCUACAGCACAGAGAGCUACGGCACGGCCCAAACGCGGCCGGUCUCAGCGAGGCCCACCAUGGCAGCUCUGCUGGAAAAGAUUCCGUCAGACUAUAACUUGGGUAACUAUGGCGACAAGCCUUCCGAUAGCAGUGAUAUAAAGCCGAGGCCUCCCCCUGGGAAGGGAAAUGAGAGCUGUGCUAAAAUGCCCGCUGACUGGAGACAACAGCUACUUAGACAUAUAGAAGCUAGAAGGUUAGACAGGAGCGCUGCUUACAAACACCACACAGUUAGCCUUGGCAUGCUGCACUCUGGAGGGGUUUCAGCCAUGCAUGCCGGCCGAAGCAUGACUUUAAACUUGCAGCCUAAAUCUAAAUUUGAAAACCAAAUGCUUCAAGAGCUACCUCUACCGAAAACCCCGUCGCAGCAGAGCGGCCUCCUGGACAACGGGCAGGACGAGGUGGCCGUGGGCAGCCCCUGGAACCCCUACCCGCUGGGCCGGCGGGACGUGCCCCCCGACACCGUCACCAAGAAGGCAGGCAGCCACAUCCAGACGCUGAUGGGGUCGCAGAGCCUGCAGCACCGCAGCCGGGAGCAGCAGUACGAGGGCGGCAUGAACAAAGUCACCAUCCAGCAGUACCAGCCGCCCCUGCCCAUCCAGAUCCCGUCCUCGCAGGGCUCCCGGGCCCCCCAGCCCCAGCGGUGCCUCAUCCAGACCAAGGGCCAGCGCAGCACCGACGCCUACCAGGAGCAGUUCUGUGUGAGGAUAGAGAAGAAUCCUGGCCUUGGGUUCAGCAUCAGUGGUGGAAUAAGUGGACAAGGAAAUCCAUUCAAACCUUCUGAUAAGGGUAUCUUUGUUACUAGGGUUCAGCCUGACGGCCCCGCCUCCAGCCUGCUCCAGCCCGGAGACAAAAUCCUGCAGGCCAAUGGACACAGCUUUGUCCACCUGGAACACGAGAAGGCUGUGCUCCUACUGAAGAGUUUCCAGAACACAGUAGACUUAGUUAUCCAACGUGAGCUUACUGUCUAA